AUGCAUAAUAUUCGCCUCCUAUGUGUUGCGCUCUUUGUGGCCUUCGGCCAUGCGAGCCCUGUCACCAACUCACCAGAGGCCGGCUCUACCACAUCGGACAAGUACCCUCCUUCAGCCACGUCCGCAAACACUGAGCUCUUCCCUGGUGAGCCUGUCGUCGGUUACCCUGGCACGACAAUUACAGGUGUUGAGCCCGCAGCUGCGGAAACUGCGCCGUCUUACCCUUACAACGACGGGCCGGCAAACCAGUUUCCCCUCGUCGCCCCCGUGCCGCACGGCGAAUCUGAAUCGUCGACGUUCGACAUCAAGAAGUACUGGGGCAACUUGUCUCCCUGGUAUUCAGUCUCAUCCGCAGAUUACGGACUUCCAGAUGCUAGCCCUCUGAUCCCCGAUGGCUGCGACAUAGUCCAGGUUCAUCUGCUCUACCGACAUGGUGCUCGGUAUCCCACCAGCGGGGCUGCCCCCGCACAGUUUGCUCAGAAGAUCCACAACGCCACCAAGACUGGCUUCAGUGCAUCCGGAGAUUUGAGCUUCCUGGCCGAUUGGACUUAUAAGCUGGGCGCUGAGCUGUUGACGCCGUUCGGCAGGAGCCAGAAUUUCCUCCUGGGUAUCGAGUACCGCCAACUCUAUGGGUCGCUGCUCAACAACUUCACCGAGCAGGGCACCAUCCCGGUCUUCCGGACCCAAUCCCAGGACCGCAUGGUCAAGACUGCCAACAACUUCGCCGCUGGGUUCUUUGGUGUGCCCGAGUAUUUGGACCAGGUUAACAUCGAGAUUCUUGUUGAGACGUCUGGUCUAAACAACUCCGGUGCGCCCUACGAGACUUGCACCAACGCCGACGUUUCCAGCAGAGGAUCAAUCGGUAGUACAGUGGCGGCCAAAUUUGCAAACAAUGCGUUCAACGCUACUCUGGCUCGCCUGAACUCACAGGUCACUGGCAUCACCUUCACUCCCUCAGAUAUCAUCACAAUGCUUCAGCUUUGUUCGUAUGAGACGAACGCUCUGGGUUAUUCGGCCUUCUGUGGUCUCUUCUCACAAGAAGAUUAUCUCAACUACGAGUACUACUAUGAUCUGUCAUUUUACUACUCAAAUGGCCCAGGCUCCCCGGUCUCAGCUGCCCAGGGCAAGGGCUAUCUCCAGGAAUUCGUCGCCCGCUUCACCGGGAGCUACCCAACGCCCGAGUCGGCCCUUAACGAGACAUUCGACGACAACCCGACUUACUUCCCGCUCAACCAGUCCAUUUAUGCCGAUGCGACACACGAGGUUGUCGUCCUCGAUGCGCUGACCGCGUUCAACUUGUCCGCCUUGUUCCAGGGCGAGCCUUUGUCUCCGACAGGGAACCGCGGGCAGAAUGUUUUCGUGGCGAGCAAGGUCGUGCCGUUUGCUACGCACUUUACUGUGCAGGUGCUCGAGUGCCCGGCUUACCAGCCUACGAAGCAGAUCCGUUUCAUUGUGAAUGAUGCUGUCGUCCCUGUCAACGGCACAUACCCCGGCUGUGAGUACGAUGCGGAUGGCCUCUGCUCUUUUGACAACGUCGUCUCUGUCCUGCAGAAGCGCAUCGAUGAGAUCGACUAUGAUUACGAUUGCUUUGGCAACUACACCGCGGAGGCUGGCCAUGAUUACAAUGGCCGUGCCCCCAGAUAG